AUGUCUGCUGGUUGGCUGUUGUCAUUUUUAGCUGGUGACUAUUGGUUAGCAAUUGCAACUUCUGAUGGUUCUGGCAUUCCUUCUUUUACUUUCAUUUUCGUCUAUGCUGCUAUAGCUGUUGUUGCAUGCAUAGUUCUUAUAGGAAGAACUUUCAUGUAUACGUAUUUGGGUUUAAAGACAUCUCAAAGCUUCUUCGUUGGAAUGCUUCAAAGUAUCCUUCAUGCACCAAUGUCAUUCUUUGAUACCACUCCUUCUGGCAGAAUCUUGAGUCGUGUAUCUACUGAUAUACUUUGGGUGGAUAUAACAAUUCCAAUGUUUACAAACUUUGUAAUGAUAGCAUACUUAUCAUUAUUCACUAUCCUCAUUGUCACAUGCCAGAACUCUUGGGAGACUGUCUUUCUCGUAAUUCCACUGGUCUGGCUCUACAACUGGCAUAGGAAAUAUAAUCUUGCAACAUCUAGGGAGUUGACUCGUCUUGAUUCAAUCACAAAAGCUCCAGUGAUUCAUCACUUUUCAGAGACCCUUUCUGGUGUUAUGAAAAUCCAUAGCUUAAGAAAGCAGAAUGAAUUUUGUGAUGAAAAUAUUGACAGGGUGAAUGCAAGUCUAAGAAUGGAUUUCCCAUUGCAAACUUGUUACUUUUACAAAUACUUGAAUUACGCAUAG